AUGGAUGACCUCUACGAUGAGUUCGGCAACUUUAUUGGGGAGGAUGCCGACGCAUCUGAGGAAGAGUCCGAGCAUGGCGUGGAUGCGAGCGCGUAUCUCGACGACGAGUAUCCCGAAGAGGCGCCCGAAGCGACAGGCCAGGAAUUGAUGGAGUUAGACGACGAGGGACCUUCGAACGCCGUAGUAUUACAUGAAGACAAGCAGUAUUACCCCUCGGCGCAACAAGUCUAUGGUGAAGAUGUCGAGACCAUGGUGCAGGAAGAGGAUGCGCAACCGCUUUCACAACCCAUCAUCGCCCCCGUUGACGUAAAGAAGUUCUCCGUUGAGGAGGCCGACCUUCCGCCCGUCUUCUUCGACCGCAGUUUCAUGACGGAUCUCAUGAACUUCCCCGAUCAAAUACGGAAUAUCGCCUUCGCCGGGCACCUACAUCAUGGCAAGACUGCUUUCAUGGACAUGCUUGUCCUCGAGACACACGAUAUUGUCGACAGGCUAGAGAAGCGGACCGGGAAGAAGAGAGACGAACAGCUGCGGUAUACCGACACACACAUCCUGGAGAGAGAACGAGGAGUCUCGGUCAAGGCAGCGCCGAUGAGCUUGAUCCUCCAGAGCACCAAGGGCAAAUCCCAUCUCUUCAACAUGAUUGAUACCCCAGGCCAUGUCAACUUCGUCGACGAGGUUGCAGCCGCCCUCAGGUUGGUGGAUGGCGUUGCGCUGGUGGUGGAUGUAGUGGAAGGCGUCCAGGUCAACACCGAGCAGAUCAUCAAGCAUUGUGUGCUCGAGGAUAUCCCGAUGACUUUAAUUGUCAACAAGAUGGACAGAUUAAUAGUGGAGUUGAGGUUACCUCCCAGUGAUGCUUACUUCAAGUUGAAGCAUGUCAUCGAGGAGGUCAACACCAUAAUCGAAAACACACGGCCGGGGAUGGGGGAGAAGAAGCGAUUAAGUCCAGAGAAGGGGAACGUCCUGUUCGCGUGCAGCGAUAUGGGCUGGUGCUUCAAUCUCCAGUCAUUCGCAAAGAUGUACGCCGACAGCUUCCCCGGGGUCAACACUGAGGAAUUCGCAAAGCGACUUUGGGGCGAUAUCUACUUCAACCCCAAGAAGCGGACGUUUAGCAGGAAACCCCUGCCUGGCGAAGACGGCGCAAAGAGAUCCUUCCUGAACUUCGUUCUCGAGCCCAUCUACAAGGUCUUCUCCCAUACCAUCAGCACGAACCCCAACGAGCUCAAGGCGAUACUAGCCUCACUGGGAAUACAUCUCAAACCGUCACAGUACAAAACCGAUGCCAAGAUCUUACUCAAGCUGGUCUGCGAGCAGUUCUUCGGGCCGUCUACAGGCUUUGUGGACAUGAUUGUCAAGCAUGUCCCAUCGCCAUUGGAGGCAGCCGAGCACAAGCUGGAAAGAUACUACACUGGCCCCCUGGACACGAAAGUGGCGGAAGCCAUGAAGAAGUGCGAUCAGGAUGGACCUUUAGUGAUUCACGUCACCAAGCUGUUCAACUCAGCUGACGCAAAGAGCUUCUCUUCCUUUGGCCGCGUGAUGAGCGGUAUUGCUCGGCCUGGGAUGUCUGUACGUGUUCUAGGAGAGGGUUACUCGAUUGAUGACGAGGAAGACAUGGCAAUGGCCACUAUCAAUAACGUCUACAUUGCCGAGACGCGGUAUAACGUCGAGACGGACGGCGUUCCCGCUGGAAACUGGGUGUUGCUCAGUGGUGUUGACAACUCGAUCGUCAAGUCGGCGACAAUUGUGCCCCCGAAACUGGAAGACGACGAGGAGGCAUACAUCUUCAAGCCAGUCACACAUUUCACGGAGUCAGUUCUCAAGGUAGCCGUCGAGCCCAUAAACCCUUCGGAGCUGCCGAAGAUGCUCGACGGCCUGAGGAAGAUCAACAAGAGCUACCCCCUCAUCACUACGAAGGUGGAAGAGUCGGGCGAACACGUUGUGCUAGGCACCGGCGAGCUGUACAUGGACUGCGUCCUCCACGACCUCCGACGGCUAUACGCGGACAUGGAGAUCAAGGUUUCCGAUCCUGUAACCCGUUUCUGUGAGACGGUAGAUGAGGUGUCCGCCACCAAAUGUUACGCUAUCACGCCAAACAAGAAGAACAAAAUCACCAUGGUCGCAGAGCCCUUGGAUGAUGGCAUCGCAGAAGACAUCGAGAGCGGGCAGGUCAAGAUGCGAGACGGCGCACGCAAAGUCGGAAAGUUCUUCCAAGAAAAGUAUGGCUGGGAUUUACUGGCCGCCAGGAGCAUCUGGGCUUUCGGACCGGAUGAGAUGGGGCCUAACAUCUUACAGGACGACACACUCGCAGAGGUUGAUAAGACGCUUCUACGGAGUGUGCGGGAAACCAUCCGCCAAGGUUUCAGUUGGGCAACUCGUGAGGGUCCGCUGUGUGAAGAACCGAUCCGCAAUACCAAGUUCCGUAUCAUGGAUGCUUCCUUGGCACAAGAGGCUAUCUUCAGAGGAGGUGGUCAAAUUAUCCCCACCGCACGUCGCGCGUGCUAUAGCUCCUUCCUAAUGGCGUCGCCACGCCUCAUGGAACCUCUAUACGCAUGCUCCAUGACGGGACCCCAAGACGCCGUCCCUGUGCUGUACAACGUUCUGGCACGUCGGCGUGGACACGUGUUGACCGACGGGCCGGUAGCGGGGACGCCACUUUACCGCGUCGACGGCCUGAUCCCAGUAAUCGACUCGUUUGGCUUCGAGACGGACGUACGCAUCCACACUCAGGGUCUCGCCAUGGUCAGUCUCGUCUUCGACAAGUGGCAAAAGGUACCAGGCGACCCUCUCGAUAAGGAUGUGGUGUUGCGACCCCUGCAGGCAGCUGACGCUCAGGCUACUGCACGCGACUUUGUGCUCAAGACCAGGCGGCGCAAGGGUCUCAGUGAGGACGUUAGCGUGGCGAAGUUCCUCGAGCCCGAGUUCUACCAGAGUCUCAUGGAGAGCGGCACGCUCGGGAGCCCUUGA